CAUCUUUGUUUGUUUGUAACAUCUUUGUACAAGUUUACUGUUUUGACUUUAUAUUUUAUAAUCUAUAGGUGGGGAUUGGGGAGAGUGAGCACAGAACAUUGUGUUUUAAUUUUGACGUAUAGCGAAUGGAUUGUUCUGUGUUAUAGCGAACAGAAGACAUGGAGAGCGAUAACAAACAAAAAGAUGAAGACGAUAAAAUUUUCAUAGCUAAGACACCCUUAGAAAUUCAAAGAUUGAAGUUAGAAAAAUUGAUGAAAAAUCCGGACAAGCCUGUCACAAUUCCUGAAAGGCCAAAGGACAAGAGCAUGCCCCAUGUGCCCGAUUUUGUGCGGAAUGUUAUGGGCUCCAGUGCAGGUGCAGGGAGUGGAGAGUUUCACGUCUACAGACAUCUACGCAGGAAGGAGUAUGCUAGGCAGAAAUUCAUCCAAGAAAGAGCUGAGAAGGAUCUGAUGGAUGCAGCCUAUCAUCAGAAAUUAGAAGAGCAUCGUCAUGCUGCUGAAGAAAGGACUGCAAAGAAAAGAGCAAAAAGACUGAAGAAAAAACAGAAGGCCCGAAAACAUCCAAAGAGUGAAAACUUAAGCAAGUCUCAGAACAGCAAUUCUGCAAGUGAAGACAGUGCUGAAAGUGGAAGCAGUGGUGACGAAGAAAAUAAAUGAUAUCUGGUUUUCAAUUUGAUCUCAUUUGCAAUCAGUAAGGAUAAAUGAAAAUAUAGUCCUAAGAGAAGCAUACAUUAUGUAUUCUGUGCAGAAAAUCAUAUGUUCAUGUAUCAGUAAUGGUAUAUAUUUUCAUAUUUCUGCAAGAUGAGAACUGUCAUUAUCUCACUGCUGUACUAAGUCUAAUUCAUUAUCAUUAUUUUUUACUGAUUGUGGGGCGAGCUAAUAAUAGUCCCUCAAAAAAAUGUUCAUGUUUGCUUGUGCAACAUUAUUUCUUUAUUUGCUUCCAACAACUAGCAAUUUGGAAAUGAGCAUUCCCAAAUAUUACCACUAGUAAAAAUUGUACAGAUUAAACACAUGGGUCCCAGGAUCAGCUCUGACCUCUUGACAGAAUUUUUCUAUAUGUUUUACAGUUAUGGAAGAUUUUACAAAUUUAUUUUCAACUCAGUGUUUUGAUGAUACAAGGAAAUUCAGCUUUGGAUAUUAAUAUCCAUACAGGUGGCAGUUCAGCUCCACGUACACUGAUGUUGUUUUGGCAUAAUAAAUCUCAUUUCAUUAUUGUAA